UCCAGUUUCUUGGCCGAGAAUUAAUAUUUUCACUUCAAAAUGUCUGAAAUCAAAACCACACGCAUAAAAAUCACUUUCGAUAAAGAGGAGUUAAAGAAUCGCGUUAACAAAUUCACUUAUAGAGAAGCUCGUCGUCAUGCUGGAGAUAUCUACAAAGCUCUAGAGCAAGAAUUACUAGAAGAUGGUUGCGUUAUAUCGGCAAAAUAUUUUGAUAGACUGGCUGCCAAGGAAAAUGAUUAUUUCAAAAAUAAUGUUAUAAGGGAGCGAGUAAAAGACUGUCCAGACCUAUUGAUGUGCCUCUACGAUAAUUGUAAAAUGGCUGAACAAAAAGCUAUGCUGCAACAAAGCGAGGGUAUGGCGGUAACAUUCUCUCUGCUCUUACAAAUUGUAUGCCUAAUGGAUCAGCCUCAACAUGCCUCAAAAUUCAAUUGGCUGCGACAGGAUAUUUACGAAAUAGUCACCAAAAUUUGUGACAAGCUAGGAGAAGGCAAGAGUAACGUUGACAAGUGCAUAGCUCAAAUAUAUUUCAAAUACGCAAAUCUAUUGAGCAGUGAAACCCAAACCAUGCCUGAAUCCUUUCAGUAUUAUGAAAAGGCAUUUGCCAUGGCUCUACCCAAUAAAUGGCUCAUUGACACCAUGAGUCCGGAUACUGGCAAUUCAUUGAACCUCUUGCACACCCUUAUAGCCGACCAUUAUGUGAGUGCUCUUUUGAAUUUUGGCAAAACUAUUGCCACCAACAAUUAUUUACAGGCCGUUGCAUUAGGCCAUAAAGCUGUGUGCGUUUUAACUCGAGUUGGGCGCAAUGUUAGAAAUUUGCAUCAAUUUGUCGAUGCUCAGUUGCACAUGGCCGAAUUCUAUGCUAAAGGGAAGGAUUACAAUAUGGUUUUUAGCCUGUUGGCCAAUAUCGAUGGGGAUAUGGUAAAAGUCGAUAAGCAACAUUAUGGCAAAUUGGCGUUGCGUUUAUGCCUGAAUAAGGGAAUAUGCUGUAGCAAUCUUGGGCUUAGAAGCAACGCUCUGACAAAUUUCAAGCAGGCAGUUAAUCUCUCUCAACAGUUAAACUUAAAAACGCACGAAGCAAAUGCACACAUGAACAUUGGCCAAUGGUAUUUGCAAGAAGGUGGCAAAGAACGAAUUCUAGCUAAAGCUGCUUUUGUGAAAUCCAUGCAGUUGUACGAAAGCCUUGGUGAUGCAAAGAACCGGCAGAAAUGUAAAUUUUUCUUAGCUCAAGCCACGAGUGCCAGUGUGUUUCCUCUGUUCAUGGAUAUGAUAAAGACUAGCGAAAGUGAGGGGAAUUUCUUCAAAUUACGUCGAUGGAAUGAUCAGCUGAAACCCUUUUGGCUACAAGAACCUGUAGAGGAAAAGCAAAAGAAUGAUAUAGAAAACCUAUUAGAGGAAUAUUCCAAUAAGCCGGAAAACAAAGAUUUAUUACGAAUUUUGCAAAAUUAAGGUUAUUAAUUAUAUUUUAUAGAAUUAGUUAUAAAUGUAUAAUAAAAAAUAAUAAAAUUUUCAAAAUUCCAAGGAAA